AUGGGUAUUUUUGCUGUACUUGCUCUACCACUACUUCUUUUCGGGAUCAGUGGAAUUAUUUAUAUUUACCAGUCAGUCAGGUGGCUAUUGUCCAAGUCAGCUGUGCAAAACAAGGUGGUGGUGAUCACAGAUGCCAUCUCUGGACUGGGCAAGGAAUGUUCUCGGGUGUUUCACACAGGAGGAGCAAGGCUUGUGUUGUGUGGCAGGACAUGGGAAAAGUUAGAAGCCUUGUAUGAUGCUUUAAUUAAUGUGGCAGACCCCAACAAGCAAACAUAUGCACCAAAGCUCAUACUUCUGGAUAUAACAGAUAUAAACUGCAUUCGCGAUGUAGCUAAAGAAAUCCUGAAUUGCUAUGGCUGUGUGGAUAUACUGAUCAACAAUGCAAGUAUGAAGGUGAAAGGAGCAGUGCAGAGCAUUUCAUUGGAACUCGACAAAAAGAUAAUGGAUGCCAACUAUUUUGGACCUAUAACAUUAACCAAAGCUAUUCUUCCCAACAUGAUCUCAAGAAGAACUGGACAAAUAGUUCUAAUUAAUAGUAUCCAAGGAAAAAUAGGAAUACCGUUUCGUGCAGCUUAUGCGGCUUCUAAGCAUGCUGCUGUAGGCUUUUUUGAUUGUCUUAGAGCUGAAAUGGAAGAAUUUGAUAUAUCAGUCAGCACUGUGAAUCCAACUUUCAUCUGUUCAUACCAUCGCCAAGCAGCGCCUGGCAACUGGGAGGCAUCUAUCUGGAAAUUCUUUUUCAGAAAGGUGGCAUACGGUGUGCACCCAGUGGAGGUGGCAGAGGAAGUCUUGCGCACUGUGAGCAGUAAGAAGCAGGAGGUACUUAUGGCCAACCCCAUCCCCAGAGCAGCAGUUUACAUGCGCACCUUUUUUCCUGAGCUGUUUUUUGCCAUUGUUGCCUCAGGGAUUAGGGAAAAGCUGAAGACAGAAGAGGAAAAUUGAUUUUAUUAAUGUUUUUUCCUGCUUUUGUCCUAAAAAUGUUUAUGUUUCUGUCGGUGUUUAUGGCAAAGAGUUUAUGUCAAUGAUUUCUGCUUCUCACUAUACGUAGAAUAAAGCAGGAGGCUUUA